GACAAUGAUAACAUAUGCUAGGGGGUAAGAAAUAGCAAACGCAGCAGAUUCUUACAUGGAACCGGCGCAGCAGCUGCAUGAUGACGUGUAUCUGUCGCGACGUGGAACACCUCAUCACUGUUAAGAGACUCACAUGUGUUUGUGUUGUUGUUUUGAAAGAACUUUUCCUGACAAUUUUAUAGAAAUCUUGUAUUUUUGGUCGGUCUAAACGACAGUUGUAUUUACUAAAUGUUACCGAUUGAGGUCUUUACGUGUUUCCCCGGUCAGAUGUGGGACAAUAUGUUGUCAAAGGUAAAGAAAGCUGUUGUUUUCAUGGACGACAAGUGUGCUGAGAGUCUUCCUUGGAACGGUGGAGCUACAAGUGUAUUUGAGGCUGGGGCUCGUAAUUUAAAAGAGUUUUCAAGCUUCGAAGCCGGUGGUGAAAACGAACCAAAGGCUGUGUUUGUGGUGAGCACUGCUGAAGGGGAGGACAGCUGACAUUAUCAAAGACAUUAUUGGACUCAGCAACUUUCAGUAUUGUGUUGUUUUCACCACCGUAGCCCACUCUAUACAACUCCUCGCUAACAAUGUCACUGCUGAAUUAGAGGGGAACCCUGUGUUCCAGCAGUUUGAAGAGAAGCUGAGCGAGUGGAUGGGAGACAUGAACUACACCGCUGAAGUUAUACAUGCGCCUGUGGUCUUCACUCAGGUGUCACCACAGCUUCUUCUCACACCAAUCUUUGCGCACCUGUUCCCGCUGUUGCCACAGGGCCUCUAGACCAUCAAUAUAAAGCGAACAGAGAAGAAGAGGUUUGUCAGUUUGACUGAUGUUGACAUGCAGUCUCUUACUCCGGAGUUGCAGAUUGAAAUUAAAACCUGGCCUAUGCGGUUAAUUCCAUGUUUGAGUCCACCAGCACCCGGCAGGAGAGCUUUGCAGUGGGUCCAAUGAACCGUCUUAUCGCUGGGGAACUGGCCAACCAUCCUCAAGCAAAAAGCAGCAGAAAGACUGCCACCAAUAAAGCAUCCACCGCCUUCAUCGACAGGACACUGGAUCUAACAGGGGCUGCUGGUCACCAUGGUGACAGCCUGGUGGAGAAGAUCUUGACUGUGCUGCAACCUCUGCCAGGACACACCACUGAUGUUCAGGUGGACAUGCUGGAGCUCAUUAACCUGCAGCACAUCUCAGACUCCCAACCUACCCUGGCUCCAGGCUGCCUGGCACAGACCCAGUCGUCCACAGCCUGAUUGCUAUGGGAAACGAUGCUGGCCAGUAAGCAGAAGGAGGCUGUGAUGGAGGUUCGUAGACAGCUGGUGGAGGCCGCCAGCAAGGAGAACCUGCCAAUCAAGAUGAGUCUGGGUAAGGAAGGGCCAGGACACAUCAACCAUUAUACACGGACAUACACUGACCACACUCACCACACUCACUAUUCGCACUAUCUAAAUACAUGUAUAUUCUCUUACUUUCUCUCCCAAAUCACAAUGCCACAGAAUGCACAGACACUGUCUGAUCUAUGGCUGAAUAAUUAAUAAGAGGGGAAAUGAUUGCUGUGAGUAAACACAUAAUUACGUUAUUAUAAUAUAUAGUCAAACUCAGAAUUUGGAAGGCAUGGCAUUGAGGGAAAAAUGACAAUAUGUUGAUAGAGAGAAUGAGUGAUAGAGACAGGGGGGGUGGAGAGUGCAUUGUCCUGCUGUUUCAACAAAGAGACACAGCGCCACCUACAGAGAGCUGUGGUCACUGUGUCUGUGUUUAUUUGCCCAUGUGGCCACAAAGGGAAUCUGAACCACAUGUUGGCUUUCUGACACACACACACACACACACACACAGCUCCUGAAUACCUUUGUUGUUUGUUAACCCUUUAACAGGCAGCUCAACUGGGAAGUUGAGCUAAUUUUGACAACUGAUUUUCAGUCAAAUUGAAUAUAUGAAUUUUGUUUGGAAUAUUUGAUCAUCUCAACCAAUGCAAUUUAAUAAAAUUAAUAAGUGGUUUUCAUUAUCGGACUCCCAUAUUUUUGUAAAUACACAUUCAACGAUUACCAAAACCGAACCUCAUUUACCACACAUCUUUUAUACUAAUUGUGUAUAAAAUUAGAAAUGACAAGUUUGUAAAAUGUUGUUGACCUGUAGAACAUAAUCUAAGAUUAAAGGAUGAGUAAAUGACUAAUAUGUUGUAAUCUAAGAUUAAAGGAUGAGUAAAUGACUAAUAUGUUGUAAUCUAGGAUUAAAGGAUGAGUAAAUGACUAAUAUGUUGUAAUCUAAGAUUAAAGGAUGAGUAAAUGACUAAUAUGUUGUAAUCUAGGAUUAAAGGAUGAGUAAAUGACUAAUAUGUUGUAAUCUAGGAUUAAAGGAUGAGUAAAUGACUAAUAUGUUGUAAUCUAGGAUUAAAGGAUGAGUAAAUGACUAAUAUGUUGUAAUCUAAGAUUAAAGGAUGAGUAAAUGACUAAUAUGUUGUAAUCUAGGAUUAAAGGAUGAGUAAAUGACUAAUAUGUUGUAAUCUAAGAUUAAAGGAUGAGUAAAUGACUAAUAUGUUGUAAUCUAAGAUUAAAGGAUGAGUAAAUGACUAAUAUGUUGUAAUCUAGGAUUAAAGGAUGAGUAAAUGACUAAUAUGUUGUAAUCUAAGAUUAAAGGAUGAGUAAAUGACUAAUAUGUUGUAAUCUAAGAUUAAAGGAUGAGUAAAUGACUAAUAUGUUGUAAUCUAAGAUUAAAGGAUGAGUAAAUGACUAAUAUGUUGUAAUCUAGGAUUAAAGGAUGAGUAAAUGACUAAUAUGUUGUUUUACAAUUUGAGAUACUCUUGAAAAAUAUGGUGUACCCGGUGGUUGAGUUUCCCAAUAAAGGAAUGCCAUUUAGUCAAAGCUAGUGUAGUGAUAAUGGACAAAGGAGAAAUAUUAUUAUCGGACUUCUUGUCUGUGGAAAUACAAAACUCCUUUCAAAUCCACAUAAUUAUUUCCUGUUAUCUUCAAUAUGUUUCACAGUGUCAUUCAGUACAUGUCAUUUUAAUGGUAUUCUAAGCUAAU